AUGGGAGCGCCGCACUUACUGCGCAAUACCAUCACCUCCGGAAUCGUCAGCUCGGUACAGCGAGGGAGCCGAGAACUCGGACUGUCCAACAAGGACAUGGACUACAUCCAGACCGACGCCAUCAUAGACGUUGGUAAUUCUGGAGGCCCGCUGGUCAACCUGGACGGGGGAGGUGAUCGGGAUUAACACCCUGAAAGUGACGGCCGGCAUUUCCUUCGCCAUUCCCUCCGACCGAGUGCGGGAUUUCCUCCAGCGGGGGAAGAGAAGAAGAAAUCAGAGUAAGAAGGGGGAGGGGCAUCACCUGGGUGUGCCAAGGUUUCUCCGCCCACACUGA